AUGGACAUUAGCGCGUCGCAGCAGACAGUUUCCACGAAUGGAAAUGUCGCGCUGGAACUGUUACCUGUUAACCAGUCCCGGCGAACGGUCCUUCUCGGAGCUGCGACAACAGCCGCUGCCACGAUUGUCACAGCAGGGAUGCCCUGGGCUCAGCCACCUGAAGCUCUCGCAGUGGUUACAGUGGCUCUUAAAGACCUAACCUACCGCCCUUGUGCCAACCCCUACACGGUUGGGCCCGGAUCUUCCCUAUACAAGGCCAAGUGCUUCUUGAUUAUGGGCACUACAGUGAACAAAUCAGGACGGCCUGUCUAUAACGCGGAUGUAUUCGGGUUUGUCCUGGAUGCGUAUGACGAACCUGCAAUUCCAAACAGGGGGAGACUGGCAAGCAUCAAAGAGAUACCCGUGGGAGAAGGAACGUUUGAGAUUGAGAUCGUGGUGCCGGCAAGUGAGUCGCUUCCACUGACACUGAAGAACUUCAGAGCUACUGGAUUUCAUGGAGGUGUCCAAAGAACAGGCAACCCUUACGACAUUUUUGAGGAGGAUAAAAAUGGUGAUGACGAUGACAUCCCAUUCUAA